UUACAGUUGCCGGCGAAGUUUCCGCAGCCCCAGAUCUCCGCGCCCCAAGUCCUGGCAGCCCCAGUUCUCCGUGGCCCCCGAGGACUUUGAAACUCCCGCAGCUGCAGCCCAACGCAUCUCGAGGUCCUGCACCUCUACGCGCCCACCAUGCUGCUGAAGUGCCACUAUCUCCCGUCCUUGGGAACCAGCCAGCCUGUGUGGAAGAAGCACCGUCUUCUUUCAGGAGGGUUCUUUUCCAGUCCGGGUCUGCUCCUGCUGCUCCUCAGCAGCCUGCACGCUGAGAGCGAAGUCAAAGAAAUCCACGCGAUGGUGGGCAGCGAUGUGGAGUUCGGCUGCCUUUACCCUGACAAAAACCAUUUCAGCUUGAAUGAUCUGCUGUUUGUCUAUUGGCAAAUCGAAAACCCCCAAACUGUGGUGGCCUACUACCUGUCCAAUGAGUCUACAAGGGCGCAUGCGGAUGACCGAUACAAGAACCGGGCCCAUCUGUCACUGGAACGCAUGAAGCAGGGUGACUUCUCUCUGCACCUGCAGAAUGUCACUCCCCAGGACAACCAGGAGUUCACUUGCCUGAUAUUUAAGAAUGCCAAAAAAGUCUUACAUGAGACAGUCAGGCUGCACGUGGCAGCGAACUUCAGCACACCCGUCAUCAGCACCUCUGGUCCCGUCACCCCAGACCAGGAGGGACUCACCCUCACCUGCAUAUCCAGGAAUGGCUACCCCAAGCCCAACCUGUACUGGAUCAACCGGACGGACAACAGCCUGAUAGACGAGGCUCUGCAGAAUAACACUGUCUCCUUGAACGAGUGGGGUCUAUAUGAUGUCAUCAGCACCUUGACGGUCCCAUGGGUGGCUCAUGUGAACGUUAGCUGUUCUAUAGAGAAUGUGGUUCUCCACCAGAACCUCACUAGCAUCAGCCAGGCAGGUGAGGCCCAGGCUGGGGUACAGGGACUCAGCGGGCAUCCAGGUCGUGGGAUAGGAGAGGCCCAGUCAUGAACAGACUCCUUACAGAGAGUGGCAAUGAGGGACUCUUGCUUUCUGCAGGCAGGGGUAGAGAGUCCUUCUCUGGGUUGUCAUAGUAACCUUUACUCACUGUCCAAGCAAAUGAUUAGCAUGGCUAUCACCCACAGCAGAUGUUUCUUGUGCUCUUUAGCCAGUGAGGCUGUGCAGAACCUGGUGCACCUCAGGAGCCAGAGAUCUUGACCAGGAUGGAGGGCCAUACCGGGGCACUCCCCCACAUUCUCUGCCUUUGAACAUGUGCCCCCCCUCAGGGCAUUCAGCUGGGCUUAGCUGCUGACUGCAUCCUCUAUAAACCACAAAGACAUGAAUGACCCUCCCCAGAGACCUUAGUCAUCCCAGUCCAGAACCAAGGCAGUCCCCAGAUAUUAGAAGAGUGAUUCUGUUCAUAGGAAGUGUCGCAAUUAGGUGGUCCAUGGAGGGAGAAGACAGGUGAGAAGAGGCCAGAAGCUGGGGUGCAGUGGGGUGAGGAGGAGUGCUGGUACUACAUUGGCAUCCUCAGUGCUGUUGAAUUGACACAGAGUGGGUACCUAUGUAUUGUGCAAAUGUCAAAGGAGAGAUUGUAUUUCUUUCAUACCCCACCCUUGCAAGCCCAGGGAUAAAUAUUUCAUUUGUAUUUUAAUAAAUAAAGCUUGCUUGAAGACCAGAGAGUAAAAACAGCCACACUGGUCAGCCUUACAGACCAGGCAGUGGUGACACACACCUUUAAUCCCAGUAGCCAUAAUGACACACACCUUUAAUCCAAGUAGCCACAAUAGAUUGCCAUAGAAACCAGGUGGCAGUGGUGCUCACCUUUAAUUAUAAGACAGGAGGAGACCCCUCAGCAGUCUUACUCUGAGCUUUCCUGGAGGCAGGGUCAUCGUUUUAGACUGAGGUCGAGGAAGAGCCAGUGGCUGGCUGCUUUGCUUUUCUGGUCUUCAGGAUAAA